AAGAAAUUUUCUCAGCGCCCAGUGUUGUUCCACUGCUUCGUAGCUCUGUUCAUUUUAUCUUUCACUCGUAAACCCUAGAACCUGCAAGUCGGUGCGUAGAGCCCUUCAAGGCUCUUUAUUCACUUUAAAAAGAACAUGCUCUGAAGCUAUUCCCAAUCAUUACACACUAUAUUACCUCAUCCAAUUUCCCAGCUUCAAGCUCCGUCAGAGUAGAGCAUUUUCAAGAUGUGGAACAACGGUCAGCUUGUGCCCCCUGGAACUUCUGUUCCUCCGAUUCCUCCGCCUCCGGCCGCGCAACCGUCGUAUACGGUGCUUCCACCUCCGCCCCCGCCUCCGGCCCCUGCAGAGACAGAGGCCGAUGCAGAGGCUCGGCUCGAGGAGAAGGCCAGGAAAUGGCAGCAGCUUAACUCGAAGCGUUACAGUGACAAGAGGAAGUUCGGGUUUGUUGAGACGCAGAAAGAGGACAUGCCUCCCGAACAUGUUAGGAAAAUCAUCAGGGAUCAUGGUGAUAUGUCAUCAAAGAAAUAUCGUCAUGACAAGCGUGUUUAUCUUGGAGCACUUAAAUUCAUUCCACAUGCAGUUUACAAGCUCCUGGAAAACAUGCCUAUGCCAUGGGAACAGGUCCGAGAUGUGAAGGUCUUGUACCAUAUUUCCGGUGCCAUCACAUUUGUCAAUGAAAUACCAUGGGUUGUCGAGCCUAUUUAUCUUGCUCAGUGGGGUACAAUGUGGAUCAUGAUGAGAAGGGAGAAAAGAGAUCGUCGUCAUUUUAAGCGGAUGCGGUUUCCCCCAUUUGAUGAUGAGGAGCCUCCGCUAGACUAUGCUGAUAAUCUUUUAGAUGUUGAUCCUCUAGAGCCGAUUCAACUGGAGCUUGAUGAAGAAGAAGACUCUGCUGUGUAUACCUGGUUUUAUGACCAUAAACCUCUCGUGAAAACAAAGCUCAUUAAUGGUCCUAGUUACCGGAAAUGGCAUCUCUCCCUUCCUAUAAUGGCAACUUUGCAUCGGCUAGCUGGGCAGCUUCUGUCUGAUUUAAUUGACCGCAAUUAUUUCUACUUGUUUGACAUGGAGUCAUUUUUUACUGCAAAGGCGUUGAACAUGUGCAUCCCUGGUGGACCUAAAUUUGAGCCUCUCUACCGUGAUAUGGAGAAGGGAGAUGAGGACUGGAAUGAGUUUAAUGACAUAAAUAAACUCAUUAUAAGGUCACCACUUCGGACAGAGUAUAGAAUUGCUUUUCCCCAUCUUUAUAACAACAGGCCUCGCAAAGUUAAGCUUUGUGUGUAUCAUACUCCCAUGGUCAUGUACAUAAAAACUGAAGAUCCUGAUCUACCAGCAUUUUAUUAUGAUCCCUUGAUACACCCAAUAACCAGUGCUAACAAAGAGCGGCGUGAGAAGAGACUUCCCGAUGACGAUGAUGAUGAUGAUUGGAUAUUGCCUGAUGGUGUGGAACCUUUGCUUAGAGAUAUACAACUUUAUACAGACACCACAGCUGCUGGAAUCUCCUUACUGUUUGCUCCUCGUCCUUUUAACAUGAGAUCUGGUCGCAUGAGGCGGGCAGAAGAUAUUCCUCUUGUGUCAGAAUGGUAUAAGGAGCAUUGUCCUCCAUCAUACCCCGUUAAAGUUCGUGUUAGUUAUCAGAAAUUGCUGAAGUGUUUUGUGUUGAAUGAGCUGCAUCAUAGACCUCCUAAGGCUCAAAAAAAGAAGCACUUAUUUCGAUCUCUCCAAGCAACAAAGUUUUUCCAAACCACAGAACUUGAUUGGGUUGAGGCAGGUCUUCAAGUUUGUAGGCAGGGGUAUAACAUGCUGAAUCUGUUGAUACACAGGAAAAAUUUGAACUACCUUCAUCUUGAUUAUAAUUUCAAUCUAAAGCCUGUGAAAACCUUGACUACAAAAGAGCGAAAGAAAUCACGAUUUGGUAAUGCUUUUCAUCUCUGUCGUGAGAUUCUUCGAUUGACAAAACUUGUGGUUGAUGCCAAUGUUCAGUUCCGUUUGGGAAACGUGGAUGCUUUCCAGCUUGCUGAUGGUCUGCAAUAUACUUUUUCACAUGUUGGUCAAUUGACUGGAAUGUAUAGGUACAAGUACAGGCUUAUGCGACAAAUAAGAAUGUGCAAGGACCUGAAGCACUUGAUUUACUACCGCUUUAACACUGGGCCUGUUGGGAAGGGACCUGGCUGUGGGUUUUGGGCACCAAUGUGGAGGGUUUGGUUAUUCUUUCUUCGUGGUAUAGUUCCCCUUCUUGAGCGAUGGUUGGGCAAUUUACUUGCACGACAGUUUGAGGGGCGCCACUCCAAAGGAGUGGCAAAGACUGUCACCAAGCAGCGUGUUGAGAGCCACUUUGACUUAGAGCUUCGGGCAGCAGUUAUGCAUGAUGUGCUUGAUGCUAUGCCAGGUAUUAUUGCUGUUGAUUUAACAUUUUUUGCGCUUUCUGAUUUUAGGUUUCUUUCACCAUGUGAUAUACUGAAGUUGUUUUUCUCCCUGAUGGCAGAGGGUAUAAAGCAGAAUAAGGCAAGAACUAUAUUGCAGCAUUUGAGUGAGGCUUGGCGAUGCUGGAAGGCAAAUAUUCCUUGGAAGGUUCCUGGCCUGCCUGUUCCCAUCGAGAACAUGAUCCUUCGGUAUGUGAAAUCAAAAGCAGACUGGUGGACAAAUGUUGCUCAUUACAAUCGUGAGCGUAUAAGAAGAGGUGCUACUGUGGAUAAGACUGUUUGUCGAAAGAAUCUUGGAAGAUUGACACGCCUCUGGCUGAAGGCAGAGCAGGAACGUCAACACAAUUAUUUGAAAGAUGGUCCAUAUGUUACUCCUGAAGAAGCUGUUGCUAUCUAUACAACAACUGUACAUUGGUUGGAAUCAAGGAAGUUCUCCCCAAUUCCAUUUCCACCUUUAUCAUACAAACAUGAUACAAAGUUGCUUAUCCUUGCACUUGAGAGGUUGAAAGAAUCCUAUAGUGUUGCAGUGAGGUUAAAUCAACUGCAAAGAGAGGAGUUAGGGCUGAUUGAGCAAGCGUAUGACAAUCCACACGAGGCAUUAUCUCGAAUCAAGCGGCACCUCCUUACCCAGCGUGCUUUCAAAGAAGUUGGAAUAGAGUUUAUGGAUUUAUAUAGCUACUUGAUUCCAGUUUAUGAGAUAGAACCUCUUGAAAAAAUUACAGAUGCAUAUCUUGAUCAAUACCUGUGGUAUGAAGGUGACAAGCGUCAUCUCUUUCCCAACUGGAUCAAGCCAGCUGAUUCAGAGCCACCUCCCCUUUUGGUUUACAAAUGGUGUCAAGGCAUAAACAAUUUGCAAGGUAUAUGGGACACCAGUGAUGGACAAUGUGUUGUGAUGCUGCAGACUAAGUUUGAGAAAUUUUUUGAGAAGAUUGAUUUAACAAUGCUUAACAGGCUUCUGCGAUUGGUUCUGGACCACAAUAUUGCUGAUUAUGUCACUGCAAAAAACAAUGUCGUGUUGUCAUAUAAGGAUAUGAGUCACACAAAUUCAUAUGGUCUUAUACGUGGUCUACAGUUUGCUUCCUUUGUUGUUCAAUAUUAUGGACUGGUAUUGGAUCUUCUGCUGCUUGGAUUGACUCGAGCCAGUGAGAUUGCUGGCCCACCGCAGAUGCCAAAUGAAUUCAUUACUUAUUGGGACACAAAAGUUGAGACCAGGCAUCCGAUCAGGCUUUAUUCUCGGUACAUAGAUCGGGUUCAUAUAUUAUUUCGCUUCACUCAUGAGGAGGCUCGGGACCUCAUUCAGCGUUAUCUCACUGAGCACCCUGAUCCUAACAAUGAGAACAUGGUGGGGUACAAUAAUAAGAAGUGCUGGCCCAGAGAUGCUAGAAUGAGGCUCAUGAAACAUGAUGUCAAUCUUGGGAGGAGUGUCUUUUGGGAUAUGAAGAAUCGUCUGCCUCGAAGCAUCACAACUUUGGAAUGGGAGAACAGUUUUGUUUCUGUUUACAGCAAGGAUAAUCCAAACUUACUUUUUAGCAUGUGCGGAUUUGAAGUAAGGAUUCUUCCUAAAAUUAGAAUGACUCAAGAAGCAUUUAGUAACACCAGAGAUGGUGUUUGGAAUCUCCAGAAUGAACAGACAAAAGAAAGGACAGCCGUUGCUUUCUUAAGAGUUGAUGAUGAACACAUGAAAGUGUUUGAGAAUCGUGUGAGGCAGAUUCUUAUGUCUUCCGGUUCUACUACAUUCACAAAAAUUGUCAAUAAGUGGAAUACAGCUUUAAUAGGACUCAUGACUUACUUCCGGGAGGCAACUGUGCAUACGCAAGAGCUGUUAGAUUUGCUAGUUAAAUGUGAAAAUAAAAUUCAGACUCGUAUUAAGAUUGGACUCAACUCAAAGAUGCCUAGCAGGUUUCCCCCUGUCAUUUUCUAUACCCCCAAAGAAAUCGGAGGGCUUGGAAUGUUGUCCAUGGGUCACAUUUUGAUUCCCCAGAGUGAUCUGCGAUACAGUCAGCAGACAGAUGUUGGAGUGACCCACUUCAGAAGUGGGAUGAGUCAUGAGGAGGACCAGCUGAUUCCUAACCUUUAUCGUUAUAUACAGCCUUGGGAGAGCGAGUUCAUUGAUUCACAGCGUGUCUGGGCUGAAUAUGCAUUGAAAAGGCAGGAAGCACAAGCACAAAACAGGCGUUUGACCCUUGAAGAUCUGGAAGAUUCAUGGGAUAGAGGAAUACCGCGUAUAAACACUUUGUUUCAGAAGGAUAGACACACUUUGGCUUAUGAUAAAGGAUGGAGAGUGCGCACUGAUUUCAAGCAGUACCAAGUUCUGAAACAAAAUCCCUUCUGGUGGACACAUCAGAGGCAUGAUGGGAAGUUGUGGAACUUGAACAAUUACCGAACUGAUGUUAUUCAAGCCCUUGGAGGAGUUGAAGGAAUUCUUGAACAUACUUUAUUCAAAGGAACAUAUUUUCCAACUUGGGAAGGUCUCUUUUGGGAAAAGGCAUCAGGCUUUGAGGAAUCUAUGAAGUAUAAGAAGCUCACCAAUGCUCAGAGAUCUGGUCUCAACCAGAUACCCAAUCGUAGAUUUACCCUUUGGUGGUCUCCAACCAUUAACCGAGCCAAUGUUUAUGUGGGUUUCCAAGUGCAGCUAGAUCUGACUGGUAUUUUCAUGCAUGGGAAAAUACCCACUUUGAAGAUAUCUCUUAUUCAGAUAUUCAGAGCCCACUUGUGGCAGAAGAUCCAUGAGAGUGUUGUCAUGGAUCUCUGUCAGGUUUUGGAUCAAGAGUUGGAUGCUUUGGAGAUUGAAACUGUCCAGAAGGAAACAAUUCAUCCGAGGAAAAGUUACAAAAUGAACAGUUCUUGUGCAGACAUUCUUCUCUUUGCUGCCCAUAGAUGGCCAAUGUCAAAGCCUAGUCUGGUUGCUGAAUCUAAGGAUGUUUUUGAUCAGAAGGCUAGCAAUAAGUACUGGAUUGAUGUUCAGCUUCGAUGGGGUGAUUACGACUCUCACGAUAUUGAGCGAUACACUCGUGCCAAAUUUAUGGAUUACACAACAGACAACAUGUCUAUAUAUCCAUCUCCAACUGGGGUAAUGAUUGGCAUAGACUUGGCAUAUAACUUGCAUUCUGCAUUUGGGAACUGGUUCCCUGGGUCAAAACCAUUACUACAGCAGGCCAUGAAUAAGAUCAUGAAGUCAAAUCCUGCAUUGUAUGUGUUGAGAGAACGGAUAAGGAAAGGUUUGCAGUUGUACUCUUCUGAGCCCACUGAACCAUAUUUGUCUUCUCAAAACUAUGGAGAGAUAUUCAGCAACCAAAUAAUAUGGUUUGUUGAUGACACUAAUGUGUAUCGUGUUACAAUUCAUAAGACUUUUGAAGGAAAUCUUACAACAAAGCCCAUCAAUGGUGCCAUAUUUAUUUUCAAUCCAAGGACUGGACAGUUGUUUCUUAAGGUUAUUCAUACCAGUGUGUGGGCUGGUCAGAAGCGUCUUGGGCAGUUGGCUAAGUGGAAAACAGCAGAAGAAGUUGCUGCACUUGUAAGGUCUCUGCCAGUAGAAGAACAGCCAAAGCAAAUUAUUGUCACUCGUAAAGGAAUGUUGGAUCCGUUGGAGGUUCACCUGCUCGACUUCCCCAACAUUGUUAUCAAAGGAAGUGAACUGCAGCUUCCUUUCCAGGCAUGCUUGAAAAUUGAGAAAUUUGGGGAUCUUAUUUUGAAGGCCACAGAACCACAAAUGGUGUUGUUCAACAUCUAUGAUGACUGGCUGAAGAGUAUUUCAUCAUACACUGCAUUCUCCAGGCUGAUCUUGAUUCUGCGAGCACUUCAUGUAAAUAACGAGAAGGCAAAAAUGUUACUGAAGCCUGAUAAAACUAUCAUCACUGAACCUCAUCACAUCUGGCCCUCACUAAGUGAUGAUCAGUGGAUGAAGGUGGAGGUUGCAUUAAGAGAUCUUAUACUUUCAGAUUAUGCCAAGAAAAAUAAUGUGAAUACUUCAGCUUUGACUCAGUCUGAAAUCCGUGAUAUUAUACUUGGAGCUGAGAUUACUCCACCUUCGCAACAGCGCCAACAGAUUGCAGAGAUUGAGAAACAGGCGCAUGAAGCAAAUCAAGUGACAGCUGUGACAACAAAGACCACAAAUGUUCAUGGUGAAGAGCUUAUAGUAACCACCACUAGUCCCUAUGAGCAAGCUGCUUUUGGUUCUAAAACUGAUUGGCGUGUCAGAGCGAUAUCAGCCACCAAUUUAUACCUUCGUGUUAAUCAUAUAUAUGUUAACUCUGAGGAUAUAAAGGAAACUGGAUACACCUAUAUUAUGCCAAAGAACAUUUUGAAAAAGUUUAUUUGCAUAGCAGAUCUUCGAACACAAAUUGCUGGGUACUUGUAUGGCAUUAGUCCUCCUGACAAUCCUCAGGUUAAAGAAAUUCGCUGCAUUGUGAUGCCACCACAAUGGGGGACUCAUCAGCAAGUCCAUCUCCCUUCAGCUCUUCCAGAGCAUGAUUUCUUGAAUGAUUUGGAACCUUUAGGCUGGAUGCAUACUCAACCAAAUGAGCUUCCGCAGUUGUCACCUCAGGAUCUCACAUCACAUGCCAAGAUCCUAGAGAACAAUAAACAAUGGGAUGGAGAGAAAUGUAUUAUCUUGACUUGCAGCUUUACUCCUGGUUCUUGUUCUUUAACUGCAUACAAGCUCACUCCCUCGGGUUAUGAAUGGGGACGUGUCAACAAGGAUACGGGAAGCAAUCCACAUGGUUACCUUCCCACUCAUUAUGAGAAGGUUCAGAUGCUCCUUAGUGAUCGCUUCCUUGGUUUCUAUAUGGUUCCUGAUAAUGGUCCAUGGAAUUACAAUUUCAUGGGGGUGAGACACGCAUCAGGUAUGAAAUAUGGAGCGAAGCUUGGGACACCUAGGGAGUAUUAUCACGAAGAUCAUAGACCAACACAUUUCUUGGAGUUCAGCAAUAUGGAGGAAGGGGAGACAAUUGCUGAGGGAGAUCGAGAGGACACGUUCUCUUGAGAUAAUACUGUUCUUUAUUAGAUAUAUUAGUUCCUCUCUUUUAAUAUUUGAAACAUGUCAGAAUAUGUUGUAUUAUCUUUUGAUUGCUCAUCCAAGGGAUCUUGUAAUAGCGGUAUAACUUUGUAAAUAUUUACGAGCCAACAAGUUUAACUAGAGCAUUUAAGGCUCUUGCAGUACUAAUGUUGCUAAAACGGUCCGAGUUAAUCUUCGAGUUCACUGUUCAGGGAGUGGAGUCAUUUGGUGCCCAAUUUCUACUGGCUGAUUAAACCCCCUCCGGUAGCUAUUGCAACUUUCAUAGCCUGCGUCAAAGCGUGGGGCGUAAAAAUAUUGGGAGAGAAGUAAGAGGAACGAAAUUGUGAUUUUUCUUGCGUUAUUUUAACGUUGAACCUAUUACUUUCUACAAACUUGAUUACGAGUUUUAAAGUUAUAAAGUGUGAAGACUAGUC